AACAAGAAAAGAACAUUAUGUCUCUUCAUAUAGAACUGCCUUGUGCUGUGUACUUAGGGCAUUUGAGAGUGGGAAUUUUCCGUGCUCAGCAAGACUUGCCAUCGGGGAGUUGUUAUUUGUUGCUUGGCAGCUAAUUUUUCUGUGCCAUGUAGGAGGUUCCACAAAAACUCAAGAGGAAACAAAGGGGGACCAAUGGGACCCCAGCUGAAUGCACAACUAGAAGGCUGGCUUUCUCAAGUACAGUCCACAAAAAGACCUGCUAGAGCCAUUAUUGCACCCCAUGCAGGGUAUACUUACUGCGGAUCUUGUGCUGCCCAUGCUUACAAACAAGUGGAUCCUAAUAUUACCCGAAAAAUUUUCAUUCUUGGGCCUUCCCACCACGUGCCCCUUUCCCGAUGUGCACUUUCCAGUGUGGACAUUUAUAGAACACCUCUGUAUGAUCUCCGAAUUGACCAAAAGAUUUAUGGAGAAUUGUGGAAGACUGGAAUGUUUGAGCGUAUGUCCCUACAGACAGAUGAGGAUGAACACAGUAUUGAAAUGCAUUUGCCUUACACUGCUAAAGCCAUGGAAAGCCAUAAGGAUGAGUUUACUAUUAUUCCUGUGUUGGUCGGAGCACUGAGUGAGUCAAAAGAGCAGGAAUUUGGAAAACUCUUCAGUAAAUACCUAGCUGAUCCUAGUAACCUCUUUGUGGUUUCUUCUGACUUUUGCCAUUGGGGUCAGAGGUUCCGUUACAGUUACUAUGAUGAAUCCCAAGGAGAAAUUUAUAGAUCCAUUGAGCACCUAGAUAAAAUGGGUAUGAGCAUUAUAGAGCAGCUAGAUCCUGUAUCUUUUAGCAAUUACUUGAAGAAAUACCAUAAUACAAUAUGUGGAAGGCAUCCUAUUGGUGUAUUAUUAAAUGCUAUCAACGAGCUCCAGAAGAAUGGGAUGAAUAUGAGCUUUUCAUUUUUGAAUUAUGCUCAGUCAAGCCAGUGUCGAAACUGGCAAGACAGCUCAGUGAGUUAUGCAGCUGGAGCACUUAUGGUCCACUGAACCGCUGAAUGCUCAGGGAUGGCACCUGCACACACCCUGUAUAUGGGGUCCCAGCCUAGCCCUUACAAAGAUACAGUCCCUGGUCUUUGGGUAUACUGAAACCUCAAACUAAUAGAACUCUUCUUUUCUAGUAGGUGUAGUCCUUCCUUAGUUUCAACUCAUUUAAAAAUGCUUUCUUGUUUAGGACAGUGGAAGGAAGGCUGGUAUCAAAACAUUUUGUGUUUUUUAUUUUCGGGGGAGGGAAGAUAACGGCUAUGAAGGCAUGGUGGCAGACAGUCCUUACAAAUACAUGUAAAGCAUUUACCGUAUCCUGAAUUUGCACUCUUUGCAGACCUGUGCACAUAUACUCAGCUUUCAGAAUAGUUUUGCAAGUUGUAAACAGAAAAAGGGUGGAAGCUCUUGAAUGAAAGUAAAAGGAAAAAAAAAAAGAAAACAACGCAUUUAUAAAUGAUCCUGUAUUAGAAUAUAGUAAAACUCCAGUAUAGUCAGUUACUACCCGUGAUGUACAACAGAUAUCUUCUAUUUUAGUUGCUAAUAAAGGGCUACACAAACCAAAAUAGUCUGAUUUAAACUUAUUGCUUUGUGUUCUGUAUGUGGCUGCUUGUUAUUAACAUUCUUUAUCCUCAGUUCAUAUGCUUGAUAAUUCAGCCCUUCUGUAAAAUACUUCAGAAUGUAUUUUAUACUCAACAUUUGUUAUGACUACUUCAUUUCAAGAUUUUUUUAUCUUAAACCUGUACUGAGUUCAGUUGUGCAAAAGAACUUAAAAAACCUUUUGUAUAUCCUAAUCUUUUUGGUUUACAACUAUCUAUAAAAUAGUAUCUUUUAGUAUGUGAUACAAAUUUGUAUCAAAAAUACACUUUGAAUGAUUUUAUGCUGUUUGGUUAUUAAAGUGAAAUAGAUGCAGUAUUUUUAUUUGAAAUGACGAACAGUAGCUUGAAAAAGAUGACUCUUAAGAGUAUCUAUCAAGCGUUCAUAGGCCACAAAAGCCAUACAGUGUUAAGCUCAAGCAGUUAAUUCUUCAGAGAUUUAAUUGGGAGGGGAAGGUGAGGCCUUUUAUUUAUUUUUUUAGUCUUUAUUCUUUGACUGUAGGUAGAAUUGCUUCAUGUUCUUCAAAUAUCACACCUUAAGAGUUCCUGAAUUUUCUUCCAGACAAAAUAAUGGUGUGAUUAUUUGAGUUAUCAUUCCUGAAGAUUUCCUUUCGUUCUGAUAAAUGCAAAGUAGGAAGACAGUUCUGCCUCAUUGUCUAAAUGGAGAUUUCAUUCCCUGGUAUUUCACCUGCUGUCAAGCAAACCUCUUGGUACAUUCAGCUUUUCUGAGUGACAGAGGGGAAUUUCAGAAUUCAAGUUAGAUUAUCUUUGAAAGUUGUAAAUUGCUGCAUACAGAGUCUUUGCCUGAAAGCAUACUAGACAUGUUGUAAUCUUCUCAAAAUACCCUUUUUCAAACAGACACUUCUUACACCACUUCUAUUUUAUUUUGCUUAUCACAGUUGGCCACCAUUUUAGUAGUAAGAGAUGAAUGCUCCAUUUACAAAAUGAACUACUUUGCAGAUGUUCAGAAUCCAUUCCAAAUGCCAGACUCCUUUACAUGUUUGUUGUUUCAGUUGCCUUAUUGCUCGGCCUUGUUCUUGGAAAGUCUCAGCAGCAGACAGGUAAAAGAACUUUCAAAUUACUUUGGGCAGACCAGCAGGAAGGCUCUGCUGGUAGAACUGAAUUGGUAGCCAGUCUUUAUAAAUACUUGUCUGUGCCUUAUUUUAAAAAGUACUUUUAUCAUGAAGGUGUUUAUUUUUUUUUUAAUCUUUGGUGAAUACAAGUUUAAUUAGGACUCAGGUUUCUUUUAGUCUUAUGCCAAAUGCUUAAUGCCAUUCUUGAAACACAUAGUUAAUUGGAAUAGUGAAGUAUAUACUUUCUCCCUAAGGUAAACAUAGUAAUUAGUUUCUGAAUACAAAAAAAAAUGCCUGAGUUGCAUCUCAGUUCUGUAAGAUAGUUUUAAUAAAAACAAAACUGGAAGAGCUUCAAGGAUGUUGGUCAGCCAUUUUGCUCAGCACAAUGUUACAAAAUACCUUACAGUGAAAGCACUUCACAUGUAAACUGUGUAAUGUAUUUUGAAAUAAAGUUUCUAAUUAAAAUGGGAA